GCGGCUGUCGACUUCCGGCAACCCUAGCCGUGUGCAAAGUGCAGUCUGCUCUCUUUACUUCCCGUGACAUUCCUUCCGAGCCAUUCCAACUUUUCGACAAUGGACAAGAUUUUAAAGGGCAUAAUGAAAUACCGUGUGACAGAUCGAAAAACGAUGGUGGAACAGUUCAAACAAGUGGCCAAUAAUCCAGCGCCAAAAGCAGUUUUUUUUACAUGCAUGGACAGUAGAAUGAUACCCACAAGGUUCACAGAAACCAACGUCGGAGACAUGUUUGUUGUUCGAAAUGCAGGAAACGUCAUUCCGCAUUGUGGUCAUUUCUUGGAUGAAUACCACACCAAUGAACCAGCAGCUUUAGAAUUGGGAUGCAUUAUAAACGAUAUCCGUCAUAUUAUUGUCUGUGGGCAUUCUGAUUGCAAGGCUAUGAAUUUGCUGUAUGCAUUGCGUGAUGCUGAAAUGUCGUCUCAAAAAAACCGGAGGCUUUCGCCACUUCGAUCAUGGCUCUGCACUCACGCUCACUCUUCACUGGAAAAAUUUCAGCAGCUGGCUCUAACAGGAUACCAGCAUCCAUUAAUAUUUCAAGCUGAGACUCCAAUGCGCAAAUUUGUUGCCUAUAUUGAUCCCGAUGAUAAAUUUGCAAUCCCUGACAAGCUGUCUCAGGUCCACUGUCUUCAGCAAAUGCAAAACAUUGCUAGCUACUCAUUUCUGAAGUCGCGUUUAGAGAAACAUGAACUUCACAUCCAUGCUCUAUGGUUUGAUAUUUACUCCGGCGAUAUUUACUAUUUUAGCCGUGGAGAAAAACGCUUUAUUGAAAUAAAUGAAAACACAAUAGACCCCUUAUUAAAAGAAGUGAAGAGAUAUUAUUCAUGAAUUAUUUGAUUUGUAAAAGUGUAUCAGUGAGCACAAGUUGUUUUACUCUUGCAGUUUGUCUUGCCUAUACUGUUAAACAUUAACUGUCAAAAACACCUAUCUAACAGUGUGUUGCAUUUUCCCCAGAUUGGUUUUAUGUUUAUUUUCUGCUGACAUUGCAUGUCAAAAAUUUUUGUAAAGUAACUAACUAUCAUUUUUUUAUAUUAUGUGUUUGUACCUUUAUUGUUAUCUAAACUUUUAUUUAUAAUUUUUAUAUUGGUUUUUAGUUGUUAUUGGCAAUUUACAAUGGUUCAAAUUAGUUAUUUAAAAGCUUUACAUUCCAAGAUAAUUUGUCUUUACAGAUUUAUUGAUAUACCGUAAGCUUCUAAGUCUCUGAGUGUUCCCAUCUCAGAACGUGUCUUCCAAAAAAAUGUCUUCCUCUCUAUUCUGGCCAUGACUAUGACUCUAGUAUGUUUUAAAUAUUGUAUAAAAACCUCAACUUGUACAAACUAUGUUCGCCUGAUGUAAUUUAUCUUUAAACUUGUAAUUUGUGAUGCAUACUGUGAUGUGUAGAUUUCCUUUUAAUGGCUUUUUAAUUCAUAACUUUUUGUGUUGAUUUUUUGUGUGUAGCAUGUUUAGGGAGGUCGAUGAAUUUGUUUGCCGUGUGCUGUGUGUUUGCGUGUGCUAUUGCACCAAUAUAUAAUGCAAGGGGGGAGAAAAAUCGAAAAACAUC